CUCAAGGGCGCAUUUGAUAACAAUGCGAAAUCGUCCGUGUUUCUCUCGCUCGGUUCCGUCGUCGGCGAAUCACACGGUGCCUGUCCCUGUCGGAGAAUCGUUUGCCGCGGACCAGAGCCACGAUCGCCGACGGCCAUCGCGAGGUGCACGAAAGUAAAUCGCCGCGCCGGAGACGGACACCCGCCGUGUGUUACAACCGAUUGCCGCCGCGGCUACAGCAUCAGCAACGACAGCGGCAACAACUGUGCRACAGCAGUAGCGACAGCAGCAGCAGACUCCCGGCGCCCGUGUGGUGGUCGUUUGCUCCUCCGCUGCCACGGCCGUUCGACGGUAAUAUCCCGUCGCACACCGUUCGCAAAACCUAGUCUGGCCUCCCCGCGGUUGUCCGGGUACGCGGUCUACCAUAUCGCUUGAUCAGUUGCCAGUCAUCGUUUCGCUCGCACCSAACUGUUUGGAUACCACAUCCAUCUACUCAACGUCCAUCGGUCCACAAGCCGACAGGGAAACGCACUGCCUAAACACAAGGAAUAUGCCUUCGGUAUGGGAUCCAAAGACUGUCAAUGGCCAAAAAAUGAAUCCAAUGUCCAGAUUUCACCAGGUCGCCAAUUGCGAUCACAUGUUUUUCAAUUAUGUCCGAAUUGUAAUCAACCUGUUCAAGGUAAAACUGGGCAGCAAAAUGUAUGUGUAUGUUUGUCUUCCACCCCAACUACAAUCAGCGAUCCUACUUUUUCUAACCAAUCAAAAAAAAAGAACAGAAAAACUUUACAAUUACCAGCCACAGUUAAACGUCAGCUGUUUGAUGAAUGUCAUGAACAGCCUGAAAGCACAGUGAGUAUAGCCGAUAGCCAAAGAUCAACAGGGGCUGAGAGUACGGAGAGUGGUGAGAGUUCAAGUACUUCUAUACAACAGUCACAACAACAACAACCCGGAAUCAAUCAGAUGUUGAGAGGUCGACACAUAUGUCAAGUAUGUUUUAAGUCGUUUACAAGUCCAUGUAAAUUGACACAACAUUCUUAUUCACAUACUGGUGAAAAACCGUUUGUGUGCAAACAUUGUUCAAAAGCUUUUUCGUCAAAAUUUAAACUAGUUCGUCAUGUAUUAAUACAUUCUGAUCAACGUCAAUACCAUUGUACAAUUUGUGAUCGAACAUUCCAUAGGAAAGACCAUUUAAAAAAUCAUGCUAAGGUACAUAAUCCCAUUAAACGUACUUUACAAUGUGAUCGUCCUGGUUGCUCAAAAGAGUACAGUUCAGUGCUUAGUUAUCGUAAACAUAUAGCUGUACAUUCUGUAGAAGAAGGAUUCCUUGACUGUAAGAUCUGUAGUAAAGUAUUUGAAUCCAAAGAUGAACUCAUGUACCAUUUGAAAAUACAUUCAGGAUCGAGGGUAAUAAAGACUCCAGCUGAUAAGAAAUAUCGAUGCAACUUUUGCGACCGUAGUUUUUACACUGGUAAGGAUGUUCGUCGACACAUGGUUGUGCAUACUGGCCUGCGAGAUUUCCUAUGCCAAUUUUGCCCGCAAAGAUUUGGUCGCAAAGAUCAUCUUACCCGGCACAUAAAAAAGAGUCAUAAUGUCAAUGCUAGUAAGAAAUCAAAACCAAAAAAACCAACUGAACUGUAUAAAAGUAAAUCGGUUGAAGCAAUUUAUCUUGAGACAUGUGGUCAGCCAUAUAAGAUAGAAAGAAAAGUAGCAGAAACAGUUACUAGUGGAGAUUUCAUAAAACAAGAAAAUUCUUCAACAAUGUCAGAAAUAGAAAUGUUCCAUUCGUCUAAUAUAACUAGUUUUAAUUAUAGUGAAAAUGAUAAUGAAACAGUUAUUCMAACUGCUGGAUCGUCCAGUGAAGUCGAUUUACCAGUUAUAAGCUAUGAACCUCAAGCGUCAUAUCCAGUUGAUGAACUGAAAGUAUUUGAUACAACCUUGACCAACCAGCUAGCAGAUAAUUAUGAAGAGUCAACAAACCCUGAAAUGCCUGGAUUAUCUCAAUUGAUUACUUUGAUACCAUCUUCAACUCUAACUAAUAUUGAGCCUAAUCUUUCAGUACUAACAAGUCAUGAAUCAACUAUUUUGCCUACUCAACAUGUAGUUAGACAUGAGCCAACACAACUUCAAGUUGGUGAAUAUCUUACAUCUUCAUCAGAAAUACUCUCCGCUCUUUUACGACAAACUUCGGAAACAGGCACUACACCAUUACCAGGGUUCAAUCAAGUUUUUCAUCAACAACAAUAAUAGUUCCAUAAAUAAAACAUUAAUUAUAUAUUAUAAUAAUAUACAUAUUUAUCUAGUCAGUCAUCAAUAGUAGUUCAUAUGCAUUUACCUUUUCAGAUUAUAUAUUUAUUUUAGGUAUACAAACCUUUUAAAAAUAAAUUAUUUUUGACUUAAUAUAUA